AUGAUGCAUUCAUCAUGUGGCCACUUUGGUCUCAUACAGGAUCGCUGUGGUGCCAUAUCAUCGGCCAAAAGUACCGUAGACGCUGUACCAGUAUUCACCAAAAAGACACCAAGUACUCGAAAACCAAAUAUUCCAGACGACGAAGCAAAAAACUUCGAUAUCGUCAGAGCUACUCAGCACGGACUGUUGAACCGGUGUAAAGAAAUAAUUGAAAGUGGUUAUGAUAUAAACAAACCAGAUCCUCAAAAUAUUUAUCUCCUACAUUGGGCCGCAAUUAACAAUAAAAUUGAUUUAAUUAAAUACUACAUUUCAAAAGGCGCAGCUGUAGACCCUGUCGGAGGUGAUCUACGUGCAACUCCAUUACACUGGGCGACUAGGCAAGGCCAUUUAUCCGUAGUAGUAUUAUUGAUGAGCAAAGGAGCAGACCCGUGUUUUUAUGACGUUGAAGGACGCGCUUGUUUGCAUAUUGCUGCAAACUUAGGUUUUACAGCAAUUGUAGCUUAUUUGAUUGCUAAAGGUGUAGAUGUCAAUUUGCGAGAUAAAAAUGGAAUGACUGCUCUCAUGUGGAGUUCGUAUAAGACAUUAGGACUUGAUCCAACUAAACUUUUAAUAACCCUUGGUGCGUCUAUGUCCAUACAAGAUGAUGUGCAUAGGAAUACUCCACUUCAUUGGGCUCUGAUUAGUCGGAAUCCAACAGCCAUCAGUAUUCUAGUCAUGAGAGGAUCACCAUUGACAAUUAGAAAUUCAAUAGGAUGUACAGCUUUAAAUUUAAUUCACGAGUCAAGAUCAGAGGUGUGGAUAGGAAUGAAUACACUUAAAACUGUGGAUGAUAAAAUGAAACCAAAGAAUAUUUUAUUAUUAAAAUUAAAUGAACAAACUAUAUCUACUAUAAUCGUUUCUGUAGCAUUUUAUGUGGUUGGAUUUGUAUUGGACUCUCACAUGAUAUAUGUAGCUAAAUUAUGUUGUUUGAUUAUUGGCUAUCUCAUUAUGUAUAAGCUAAACCGUACAUAUGCAUCAGUAUCUGAAACACUGCCUGUGUCUGUUUAUCUUGCAACAAAAUUUUGGAUGUCCGUCACUUGGAUAUUUUGGAUAUUACCCAUCAUAAGUUUCUGGUGUUCAGUUGGUUUUUUUAUUACUACGUCAUUGUUAUGGUACAACUUUAUGUACAGUUGGAAUGGCAAUCCAGGAUAUGUGCCAAAUACUAAAAAUGAUCAAUAUAAUGCUAUCAUUGAACUGGCUGAAAGCUCUGGAUUUAGUCCGGAUGUGUUUUGUAGUACAUGUUUGAUUAAAAAGCCAAUCAGAUCAAAACAUUGUAGUAUUUGUAAUAGAUGUAUAGCAAAGUUUGAUCAUCAUUGUCCUUGGGUGAACAAUUGCAUUGGUAUUUCAAAUCAUCGUCACUUUAUUGGAUACCUUAUGUCACUACUUGUAGCUUGCGGUUUUGUUAUUUUUGGAAGCAUAAAAUAUCUAAAUAUGGCAAAUCACUUUAAUGAGCAAACUUUUCAUUAUAAUAUAUUUUAUGUAAUUUGGGAAGUUCUCAUAUUAGAUUCUUGGGUCAGUUGGAUUAUGAUCAAUGCUAUUUUACAUUCAAUUUGGGUGUCAAUGCUGUUAGGAUGUCAGACUUACCAAAUUGUCUGGCUCGGUAUGACUACUAAUGAACGUAUUAAUGCUGCACGUUACGAGCACUUUAUUCCACAUGGAAAGGGAUAUAAGAGCCCUUACAAUCGUGGUAAAUGUCAAAACCUGUUGGAUUUCAUCCAGUGCCAUUGUCUUAGUUCCAGAUUUUUAAAUGAGAAAGUAUGGUUCAAUUAUUGUGAAUUUGAUGUUUUUACUGAGAUGGAAUUGAAUUUUUCUGCUGUAAAACCUGAUUUGGAAUAUGUUUAA